AUGGCCUCUCCACCUUUUUCUUCCUGCUCUGUCAAGGAUGCAAAAGUGCUUAUGGUAGGUGCUGGUGGAAUUGGCUGCGAGCUUCUCAAGACUCUCGCUCUCUCCGGCUUCCCUGACAUUCACAUCAUUGACAUGGACACCAUAGAAGUCAGUAACCUGAACAGACAAUUUCUAUUUCGACAAUCUCAUGUUGGGCAAUCCAAAGCUAAAGUUGCUAGGGAUGCUGUGUUAAAAUUUAGGCCCCACAUAAACAUUACACCAUACCAUGCAAAUGUCAAAGAUCCGGAAUUCAAUGUGGACUUCUUUAAGCAGUUUAACGUUGUUCUAAAUGGACUUGACAAUCUAGAUGCGCGCCGGCAUGUGAAUCGCUUGUGCCUGGCAGCUAAUGUUCCUUUGGUUGAAAGUGGAACUACUGGGUUCCUUGGGCAGGUAACCGUGCAUGUCAAGGGAAGAACAGAGUGCUAUGAGUGUCAGCCUAAACCAGCCCCCAAGACAUAUCCUGUUUGUACUAUCACCAGUACUCCAUCAAAGUUUGUUCACUGUGUUGUGUGGGCCAAGGACCUACUUUUUGCUAAGUUAUUUGGGGAUAAAAAUCAGGAAAAUGACUUGAAUGUUCGAUCAAGUGAUGGUGCUAGCUCCUCAGAAAAUGUAGAGGAUGUAUUUGAACGUAGGAAAGAUGAAGACAUUGAUCAAUAUGGAAGGAAAAUUUUCGAUCAUGUAUUUGGGUAUAACAUCGAAUUAGCUUUGUCUAAUGAAGAAACAUGGAAAAAUCGUCAUAGACCAAAGCCUAUAUACAGCAAGGAUGUUCUGUCUGAUGAACUGGCUCAACAAAAUGGAAAUUUGGAGAAAAAUAAUGUAUGUGAUGAUGAAUUAUCAGUAUCUGCCAUGGCAUCUUUGGGCAUGAAGAACCCACAGGACAUUUGGAGUAUCAGAGAAAAUUCUAGAAUAUUUCUUGAAGCAUUGCGAUUAUUUUUUACAAAAAGGGAAAAGGAGAUUGGCAAUCUAGGAUUUGACAAAGAUGACCAGUUGGCUGUUGAAUUUGUUACUUCAGCUGCAAACAUACGGGCUGCUUCCUUUGGCAUCCCUCUGCACAGCCUUUUUGAAGCUAAAGGUAUUGCUGGUAAUAUUGUGCAUGCAGUUGCGACUACAAAUGCUGUUAUUGCUGGGUUGAUUGUCAUUGAAGCAAUCAAAGUGCUGCAAAAUGACAUUAAAAAUUAUAGAAUGACGUAUUGUCUGGAACAUCCAUCAAGAAACAUGCUGCUUAUGCCAGUGGAGCCAUUUGAACCUAACAAGUCUUGUUAUGUUUGUUCCGAGACACCUUUAUCGCUUGAAAUAAACACCAACCGCUCAAAGUUGAAAGACUUUGUCGAAAAAAUUGUCAAGGCAAAACUAGGGAUGAACCUUCCUCUUAUUAUGUGUGCUUCAAACCUCCUUUAUGAAGCUGGUGAUGUUGAGGAUGACAUGAUUGCCAUUUAUGAGGCCAACCUUGAAAAGGUCCUGGCUGAGCUUCCUUCUCCGGUAACUGGUGGAACAAUGCUUACAGUAGAGGAUAUGCAACAGGAAUUUGUUUGCAAUAUUAAUAUCAAGCAUAGAGAGGAGUUUGAUGAAGAGAAAGAACCUGAUGGAAUGGUUCUCUCAGGAUGGACUCAACCAGUUUCAGCAGCAGAAAAUAAAGACAAAUCUGUUGGCAAUGGUGCAAGCCCCUCAGAUGCGUUAGUAACAGCUGUGGAAUCUGAAAAGAAUGAUGAGAUAACCGUCGUUUCAACCUUGAAGAAGCGAAAGCUUCCAGAAGAAACUGACAUUUCAUGUGCGGAUGCCGAAGCGAAGCAUCAAAAACAGUUGGAAGUAAUUGAUGACGAAGAUGAUCUUGUCAUGCUUGAUGGGGAUUUAGACAGCUUUAAAAAGAGAAAAUUGUCAUAG